UAAUGUGAGACUAGAACUAAAGAGCCAGGCACUGAAAAGAAAUGGAGUCCAGUAUAUCGCAGAAUAUCUGAAAAUGAGGGCAAAUGAGCAUGAAAGAAUGUUCUUUCACCUUUGUGUCCUUUCUUCUCUCCCGGUCACCUCUCAAAAGACAUACCAUGACUUCUUCUAUGACUACUUGUCAAAUACUGCUGCUUUUGAUGUCAGUAUUAGCUGUCUUUAUCAUUUUGAUGGCUUCAGAAAACUUCUUAAAGUUUCCUUCUGUUCUCAUUCCUUCUGGUCAUUGUUUGGACACUUGCAGAAAAUCUUCAUGUCCUGAAACACCACUCAGAACAGCCACAGAACCCACAGAGACUGAUUUAAAAAUAAAGAAAAUCAUAGAGCACCUGGAUCAUCAGAUCCCACACAGACCAUUCUCUCAUGUCAAUACCACCACAAGUGCAGCCCAUAGUGUGGCCAGAAUCAUCAGUCCUAGGACCACUUACUGCAAAGGGGAUCAGCUAAACAUCCACCUGGAGGCAAGAGACUAUUUGGGACGCAGAAAAGAAUAUGGAGGAGACUUCUUAAGGGCCAGGAUUUCUUCCCCAGAUCUGAAGGCAGGAGCUUCAGGAAAGUUGACAGAUUUCAACAACGGCACCUACCUUGUCAGCUUCACUUUAUUCUGGGCAGGCAAAGUCUCUGUGUCUCUUCUGCUCAUCUAUCCCAGUGAAGGGGUGUCUGCCCUCUGGAGAGCAAGGAAUAGGGGGUAUGGUAAGGUGACUUUCAUGGGUCAAUUUGUCAAUGGCAAAUCCCAAGUCUUAAGUAAAUGUGGCUUGGUUCUAAAUACAAGUGCUGAACUGUGCCAGUAUCUGGACCACCGAGACCAAGAAGCCUUCUACUGUGUGAAACCUACAUACGUAUCUUGUGAUGCACUGACCCAUAUGAAGACCAAGAAUAAUGGAGUUUCUUAUCUUAGUAAACAGGAGAAAAAUCUCUUACAUAAGUAUGAUGUAGACAUUGAAAUUAUGAGAGACUUUGAACCCAUCAUGGUUUCCCAUUGUAACAAUGUUGAAACAGUAAAAGAGAAAUGCCAGAUUGGAAUGAAGUCCCCUAUUCCCAGUGGUUAUUCUUUGCAAGAGAAGUGGAAUCCAGCAUUUUGUAAACUAAAUCAGCUAAGCAAUGUGACUGAAAUCAAUAAUUGUUUGAAAGGAAAACUCAUUUACCUCAUGGGAGAUUCUACCCUACGCCAGUGGAUAAAGUACUUAUCCAAAUUUGUGAAAACACUGAAGUAUUUUGAUCAUCAUGGAAGUGGACCAUUUGAGAAGCAUGUACUUCUGGAUGCACAAAGACACAUUUAUAUUCAAUGGAAAAAACAUGGACUUCCAUUUGUGACUAGUCAAAUAUACACAUUAAAAGAUCAUGAAUAUAUUACCCGUGAAAUUGACAGAGUAGCAGGAGACAGAAGCACAGUCAUUGUCAUUACUUUAGGACAACACUUCAGGCUCUUCCCCAUUGACAUCUUUGUCCGAAGAGUUAUCAAUAUCCAAAGGGCAAUUAGACGGUUAUUUCUAAGAAGUCCAGAUACAAGAGUUAUCCUGAAAUCAGAAAACUUACGGGAGAUGCACAUGGACCCUACCCAAGCUGUCAACUUUCAUGGCUAUAUUCAGUACCUCAUUAUGAGGGACAUUUUCCAGGAUCUCAAUGUGGGUUUCAUUGAUGCCUGGGACAUGAGCAUUGCAUAUGAUUCUAAAAUCCUCCAUCCCCCUGAUAAUGUUAUUGGAAAUCAGAUUAAUAUGUUCUUAAACUACAUCUGCUAAGGAAUAGGAAAAACCACCAGGAAGGACUCUAUAAAGGUUUAUCUACUAAGUAUUAUAGAAGGCCAAAAUAUGCCUAAUGAGGGAUUCCAGUAGAUAUGUGCCUAGAAGAAAAUGUGAAUACAAGUUGGUAAGGUGAUGUAUCUUACAUCAAGUGGGGGACAAGAGGAAAGCACAAGGCUCUACGUGCCCUUUUGUAAUAAGUGGGUCAUGAAUGUAUAAUGUUAUUACUUCUCUGAUUGACUAGAUCACAUGGGAUAAUAAAGCUUCAUUGAUAAUCUUGAUUUCUAUAAUAUUCAGUGACCCUAACUCUCCAGGAUGUAUGUGUUCACAAUAGGAUAGGGAGAAGUUCCCAGAAUAUAGGUUUGAGGAAUAUCUUGGCACAGUCAGCAAGAACAUAAGAUCAAUCCUAACAAGUGAUUUGAUUGAAGACUGAAAGAUUUGAUCACACCACAAAGGGAACAUUUGUGUUCAGUGUUAAUUUUGUUGAAAUUCAGCAUUGGUCACAUGGGGGUCUUUUAAAUAUACAGUGUUUAUUGUAAUUUUAGGAAAGGAAAAGUUGUCUACAUUAAUAAGAAAGGAUACCAUUACAUAUCCUCAAGGAUGAAUGAAGCAGUUAGUCAAAUAAGGAAAUAAGUUUAGACACCUAGUAAGUGUUUCUGAAGCCAGGCUUGAAUUCAGGUCUUCCUAACUCCGGAUCCAGCACUCUAUCUACUCUGCCAUCAGUUGCUUCAUAAAGCACCAUUGCAUUACCUUUAAAAAUCCAAUGAUAGGAGGCAGCUAGGUAGUGCACUGUAUACAGUACAAGCCCUGAAGUCAGGAGAACCUGAGUUCAAAUCCAGCUUCAGACACUUAAUACUUCUUAGCUGUGUGAUCCCCAAUUGCCUUAGCAAAAAACAACAACAACAAAAAAAACCUUAACUUCCAUUUGACUUGAUUUCCUCAAUCUAAAAUGGGAAUAAGAAUAACAUCUAUUUCUAAGACUAUUGUGAGCAAUAAAUAUGAUAGUUAUAAAGCAGUUGGAAAAAAAUUUCUUCUGGAAGGUGGAGCCAAGAUGACAAAGUAAAGGCAGGAACUUACCCAAUCUUUAAAUAAUGAUUCUAAACAAAUUUUAAAGUAUUAGAACACCCAAAAAUAGAACUUUGUGAUUCUCAGUAGUACAAUCAUCCACACCUAGUCUAAAGGACUUAUGAUGAAAAAUCCUAUCAAUACCUAGAGAAGGAACUAAUUGUGUCUGAAUAUAAUUGAAUUAUUCUCUCUUUCUCUAUCUCUUUCUUUUUAACAAUUUUUUCUUGAGAGCUUUUUUAUUUACAUGGGGUUAGGAAUCUUUGUUUUCUUUCACAAAUUGACUUUUAUGGAAAUGGUUUGCAUGGCUUCAUGGAUUCUUAAUUGUGGGUAGAGAUAAAGGAAACUAGAACUCAAAAAUCUUAAAAAUAAAUGUAAAAAAUUGUUUUCAAUAUAA